AUCUUUAUGCAUCUGAGCCAAUGGCUGCACGUCAAGACUCAACUGUCGGAGCUCCCAUCUCUUCUUUCGCGACGUAGGCUGUUGAGAGUGACAUGGAUCCGCUGCAAAGACUUCUAAUCCAAACUUUCGACCUGAGAAGAAGCUUACUUCAUUUUAUGUCUUGAGUAAAACUGUUCGUUCGGACCAUGAGUGAGAUGGACGUGGAUCUUCCCCCUCCACCCUCCCCACUCCCCCCUUCCACCCCCCUCAUCCCACAGGGGUCUCCCUCUACCCUGGACACUGCCUCACCUCCCUCCCCUAACCCCAUCCCCCCUGCCUCCCAACCUUCCCUCACCCCGACUCCCUCAGAUUCCCCCAAAUUCAUCCCAUUGUCCGCCUCUUGUCCUCCUCCUCCCACUUCCUCUCCUUCUCCUCUCUCCAUCACCCCAAAAUUGUCCGUUCAUUCACCCACUGCCACCACCUCCACCCCAUCUCCCUCUACGUCUACCCCAUCCACCUCUCCUGCCCCCCGCCAUUGGGGCUUUGCGGCCCCCUCCACCUCUCUAGCCCCCUCGUCCUCUCCUGCCCCCCGACGUCGGGGUUUUGCUGAUCUGGCUAAACGUGUGGUGAUGCAGGAAAGACUGAAGAAAGCUGAGCUGGAUGAGGCUGAAGCGGGUGAGGAAGAUGAGGAUCCUGAGGAGGACUUGUCGUUUGAGGAGAUGGAGGAGAAGGCCAUGUCUGGAGAUGCCAGAGCACAGACCAGUCUGGGCAGAUACUACCUGGGGUUGGCUGAGGAGAAGGAGGCGGAGCUUAAUAACCGCCUGGCAGUUGAUUGGCUGGUGCAGGCCGCUAAGCAGGGACGGAAGAGUGCAGCCCGUCUUCUACAGCACUGCUGGAUCCAGAGGAAAGGUAUCGGUGAGGAUAAUGAGGAGGAGGUGCGUCGUCUGUCGACAGAGAGCAGGUUUGAGCAGACUGUUCGGAAGGCGGCCAUGAUGAUGUUCAGGAAGCUGAACCCCGACAGGAAGGAGAAGAUGGCGGUGUCUGAGAUGAUGGAGAACGUUGGACAGGUCAACGCUGUGCACGGUGGCGCCACCAUGGACCAAACCCAGAAAGUCCUGGAGAACAUGGUCACUGGAGAGACUGGUCAGUUUGUUGACCUGGAUGACUUUGUAGAGAUCACUAAGAGGUAUACCCAGGGCAUGGCCCCCAGCACCGGCUCGACCCAGAGCCAGGGCCCUGCACAAACCUCUGGAGAGAAGCAGAGUGGCCUGGUCCCCAAGAAGCCUCAGAAGGGAGUGUGGGGGAUGGGUCGGAGUGACAUGUUGAUGGACACCAGACGACACUUCCUGGUGUUGCAGUACCCUAUCACUGCGGUCAUUGAGGUGAAGGAUCAGCUCAUUGAUUGGGCGUCUCGCGCCGGCGUCCAAUGGCUGAGCACGGUGAUCCCCACGCACCACGUCAACGCGCUCAUCUUCUUCUUCAUCAUCAGUAAUCUGACCAUUGACCUGUUUGCCUUCUUCAUCCCACUCCUCGUCUUCUACCUCUCCUUCAUCUCCAUGGUGAUCUGCACCCUACGCAUCUUCCAGAACAGCAAGUCUGGAAGAGGAGGUCUCUAA